AUGCACCAAGAAGUCACAACAUCAUGUCAGGCCGUCGCUAUCGCUCGGCCGUCGCGUGCCAAAACUGUCGUCAACGUAAAGUCCGCUGCAGCGUUGUGGCCCUCGGCCGUAAUGUCAGAAGUGGCCACGACUACCGAGAUAAACAGAAACGGUAACCCCCAGUCUCCCUCGGACCUAACUCGAAAUCAAGAUGAGGAGCGCAGCGGCGCUACCAUAGCGAACGCCACGUGUAUGUACGACAACGGUGGUGAGACAGACAUGAUUGUGCAACUGCAAGCCGCAGUGCUCCUAGGAUUCUGGCACUCUAAAAAUGAUGAUCAUACGCAACCGUGGUAUUGGACAGGUAUUGCAAUCAACCUUUGCUAUAUCAUGGGUCUGCACCGUGAUCCUGACACGGGUAAUUUCAAUCCUUCGGUUACUGACCGCCGGCGUUCUCUGUGGAGACGUCUAUGGUGGAGUUGCUUCUUCCGUGAUCGCUGGCUGAGCUUGACCCUGGGGCGGCCGUUGAGGAUCAGCCUUAACAGCUGCAAUACACCGUUGCCGUCUCUCACCGACCUCGUCUGCGAUCUAUAUGACAUGCCCCGGGCCAUCGCAAAUGCCUAUAUUCCAGAUGACUUUACUCAGUUAGCAGAGUACUGGAUCGUCUUGAUGCGCUUGACCAAACUAUUAGGCGAUACCCUCACCCUGUGUUAUCAGCCAUUCGGACCAAGCCCGACGCUGCAGCAGGUCGAGGCUCUUGAGGCCGAAUUCUUUCGGUUGGGACUGCCAGAGCGGUGUGCAGAGGGACAGAGUCGUCUCGCAACCUUUUCUUUAUACCACCUGCAGUUACAUUACCAAGCGUCUGUGAUCACAUUCUAUCGCCCUUGUAUGGCCAAAGCCCCAGAGGGCUUACCUUCUUCCCAGCUGCAGGCAUGGCAAGCCGAAAUACGAAACAAGAUCGACGCCGCAGCAUUACAAACAAACGCCAUCCUGGACAACUUGGUGCGAGAGAAACUCCUCGAUUUUGCCGAGCCGAUGACACCUCCGCUGUUGGUGCCUGCCAUGCACAUUCACCUCCUAAAUUGCAAAGCCGGGGACGAUCUUUUGCGACGCCUCAGUCUAAACAAGCUCGAUUUCUGCAUGCUGGUCAUGCAGGAGAUGCAAGAAACCUACACUUGCGCCUCUGUUUACCGAGGCAUCUUCUUAGAAGCCAUCCGGCAGUUAUUCCCGAGCUACUCCGUCGAUGCAGCUGAGACGGAUGUGGAAGCGCCUGGGGCUCCGGCGUCACCACAACGGCAAGAUAAAUCGUUUAUGGGGACUCUGCUGAAUGAUAGUUUUAUUGAUGAGCUGAUGCAUGAGUCUUCCUUGUUCAAUAUUUGGGAGUACCUCCCCAUGAUGGAAGGACACUGGGCCGAAGAGAAUGCUUAG